AUGCAAUCCCCCCGGACAGCAACCUUUUUCUUCUGCCAAGCACCACAUACAACUAGCCUGGUCUCGCACCCACUCCAUGUGCGUGGCAAUCGCUACUUCUCGACUCCCUGUCAGCAUCGCAUAACGUACACGCGACCUCAUCCCCCUCACCCCCGACGCAACCCCCACCAUGCCAGACAACCCUCAAUCUUCUACUUUGCCUAUUCAACUAGCCCCCAUUCCUCCCACGAGAAAAACCACUAUGAAACCCUUGACCUGCCUGUAACCGCGACCGCCGCCGAGAUCAAGAAGCAAUUCUACGCCCUCUCCCUCCGCCACCACCCAGACCGCAACCGCGAUGACCCCACCGCCAGCCAGCGCUUCUCCCGAAUCUCCGCCGCAUACAACGUCCUCGGCAACGCGCAGAAGCGGGCCUCCUAUGACCGCGACCAUGGCUUCCACCAUGCACAUGCCCGCGCCCCAGGCCAACACCCCAUGGGCAGCCACAGCAGCUACAGCGCAAACCUUCACCACAAAGGCGGCAGCUACGCCGGGUCGCGGCCGGCCAGCGGGCUAAGCAAGCGCCGGGGCACAUUCCACGGACCGCCGCCGAGUUUCUACGCGCAGGGCGGGUACGGGACGACAGGGCGGACGGGGGAUGGGUUCAGCGCAGGCAAGGCCGGAGCCCGGGCUGAGGGGAGUGCUGGGGCUGGAUCUGGUUCUCAAGGAGCAAGGGAGGGGGCGGACCCGGAGGAUUAUACGGGGUUCAUUGAGCGCAAUCCGCUGGGGCAUUUCAAUGCGCGGGGGCAUUUCCAGACGCAGCGGGCGGAGGAUGCGCGGCGGCGAGAACGGCUGUCGAAGGCGCGGAAGGCGGCGAGGAAGGAAGAGUCGCCUAUGGGGGGCGGGGAAUUUGGCAUUGUGCGCUUCAUUGUUGUUUGUGGGAUCCUUGUGGCGGCCGGUGGCAUGACUGGGCUUUUUGCCUGGCCUUCGUCAUCGGUAGACGGUGCAAAAGCUGGGAAGAAACGAAAGGAUGCGGUAGCUGGAUCUUGA